AUGCGCUUCACGGCUUUCCCUCUCGUUGCCAUUGCUACUGUCUUUGGCGUUGCACUUGCCGGUCCAAUCAGUGAACGUUCAAGUGGACUCUCAUGUUCCAAAGAAAUCUACAAGACUGAAAAUGAUUUAGGAUACGGUAACGAUAUCACCGGGUACACCAGAGAAGCACUUGGUAAACAUACAUCCCAAGGCGGACAAGUUCAAUUAACACGUUUGACAGACGGAGCUGAAAAGUUAAACGUAAACAUCCGUUUUUGUAAUUCAACCCAUCUUGGCAUCUCUGGACAAACGGAAGGCUUCUCAUACAAUCAGAAAUACGGUGGUUACGUUUCAUUUGGAAAAAUUUUCUUGGCCGAUGACGAAAGUAAAUGCUUGCAACGUCAUGCAACCUUACCAUCUUCUGAUCCAAAUGCAAGAACGCAUAUAACCGUUGAAGAUUGUUCAAAUGUUGAUGAUGCCACUCAAGCAAGACAAUUUUGGUACUUUCAAACAAAAUUCGGUCAAGCCCAACCGAUCACAAAAUCAAGCGACGGACAGAUUAAUACUAUUAACCUUGCUUUAUCAGACACCAAACCUCAAGCCGUUCUCGCUGCUAACAAUGGCCAAGCUUACCAAGGUCUCCUUUUCUAA